AAAUAAUAAUUAAAAAAUUGUAUGAUGCUAUCUUACAUGACAAUCGAUUUACGUAGAUAUUGCAUGUGAUUUGAAAUUAGAAGCAUGGUGUUUGUGAUGAAGGUGCAGACGCCAUCGUCUUGAGAAAAGUAGUUUGGUGAGAAGAAGAGUGUCCCUUGGAAUGCAGAGCAGCAGCCAUUCUCAAAAUCUGAAUGAGAUUUAUCAAAAUGGCUGUGACGAUUGACAGACAUGAGGGGUUUGGGCCGUUUAGCCGAUCCCAGAGAUGCAAACUCCAAUCUUACGGUCACCUUGAUCCGAACGUUGUCGAACAUAGCAAAAGUGGUGGUACUUUUUCACACUCCAUUGAACUAGCAUUUGAAGCCUAUAAUAUUCACCGCAGUUUCUCCACUCCAUGCCUCCCCCUGACCACACUGGUAGGGGAAGAGCUCACUUGUCACCCUCCAAGGAUUGAGAUUGUUCGUGGAAGUGGAGCUCCAGUACAUGCUCUGGUUGUUGAGGUUGCCAUAGCUUUGGCCUCAGGUAUCAAACCAAUACCCAUCCCGAGUGGCCUAGGUGGUGCCUAUGCUUUCUGCAACCAAAAUGGCACCAACAUCGCUGUAGCAAAGCCAGUAGAUGAAGAGCCUUUCGCCUUCAACAACCCAAAAGGCUUAGGGGGUCAAAUGCUCGGCCAACCUGGCCUCAAGAAAUCUAUUCGCAUUGGUGAAACUGGUAUCCGAGAGUUAGCUGCUUAUCUUCUUGAUCAUGGAGGCCUUGCUGCCGUGCCUCCUACGGCUUUAGUCAAAUUUUCUAAUGCUGCAUUCUUUGUCACUUCCAAUGCAGCACCAUCUGCUCUUCCAAUGCCUAAAGUUGCCUCUCUCCAACGCUUUGUUGGUCAUGGUUUUGAUGCAGGAGAGUUGGGUCCUUCUUUCUUCUCAGUUGCUUCAGUCCACAACAUAGGGAUCCUUGACAUUAGGAUCAUGAACCUUGAUAGACAUGCAGGGAAUAUGCUUGUGGCCGAGCAUGACUCUAACAAUGCUAGCUAUGGUGGUACUGUUGCUGACCUUGUUCCCAUCGACCAUGGCUUUUGCCUCCCUGAGUGGCUGGAUGAUCCAUAUUUUGAGUGGCUACAUUGGCCACAAGCCUCUAUUCCUUUCUCUGACUACGAACUUGACUACAUUUCCAAACUCGAUCCCUUCAAAGAUGCAGAGGUUUUAAGAACUACCAUUCCUUUACUCGGGGAAUCCGCAAUACGUGUUCUUAUUGUUUGCACCGUUUUAUUGAAGCAAGCUGCUGCUGCUGGCCUUUGCCUUGCUGAAAUAGGCCAAAUGAUCACUAGGAAAUUUCGUGAAGGUCAAGAGUUACCGAGUGAAAUGGAAAACAUCUGCUUAAAAGUCAAGGCUAGCAUCCACACCAAAAACCGCACAGAACAAGGGUCUAAAUGUGAACGUGCUGAAAUUUCCUUCGGAGACCUCAACCAAGUCCAGUGGGAAGCGUUCUUGGAGCAUUUUGGUGAGCUUUUGCACAGUGUUUUUGAGGACAGGAAGUGCAACGCCAAAAAAUUGGAACAUCUUGGAAGUUACUGAAUUUUAGGAGGAUAGGUUGCCAAAGCGAGACACCAAUUACUGUCGCUUGUAGCUGUACAUUAACACCGUUCAUAGUGUAGCUUUCAACUAAUUCCAUUCUGCAACUUUCUUUAUCUUUUUUUUUUCCCUUCAAACCAUAUAUAUAUAUUUACCCUUUGUCAAGUAGACCUGUAUCCUAUAUUUCACCUCUGAUUAUGUAAUUAAUUACUUUUGUAUUUUUAUUUUCCCCAUUCAAAAUGUAAUCAAGCAUUCGUUAUAUUGAUCCUUCCCAAUAUAAUGUAAUGUUGCUUGUGUAACUGUUGC